AUGGACUUUCCAAAGCGAUUCAACUCAUAUUUAGUCCAAGAUUUUUUGAACAAAGGCACAUCCUGCAGCAUAGUACUUGCAUUAAAUGAAAAAGAUAAUGAACUUUACGCCUGCAAAAUUUUCGACAGGAAAGAAAUUACUAAACUCAAUUUAUUUGGUCGUCUCGAACAAGAAUUGCGCGUUGUUCAAAAUAUAAAGCAUUCAGGUAUAGUUGAAGUCAAAGAAGUGUUAUAUUUUGAAAAUUACAUCGUUAUGGUGAUGCCUUUUUACCCAUUCGGUACUUUACAUGAUAAAAUACUUGAUGAAGGUCCCCUUGUUUGGCAAUCUGCCUUAAAAUGGCUCCAAUCAUUGGCGGUUUCUUUAUCAUAUCUUCACAGCAAAAACAUUGCACAUCGUGAUAUUAAACUGACAAACAUAAUGAUAUCGCCCAACCAAACGCCAAUCUUAAUUGACUUUGGUUUAUGUUAUGAGAUUGUUCAAACACAAGAAAAUUUAAGAACCACUGUAUGUGGUACCCUCGAAUACAUGGCUCCUGAAGUUUUAGUCGGUCAGCCUUAUGAUCCAUUGAAGGUUGAUGUUUGGGCACUUGGAGUUUGCUUCUAUUCAAUGAUCUUUGGUCAAUUCCCAUGGAAUGGAACGGAUAAGCAGAUAGCUAAGGGUAUAAUUUCAGCUGAUCCAUAUAUCCCUCCAUGUACUCCUUACGCAACAAUCAAAUUAGUGAAAAUGAUGCUAGCAAAGAACCCAGAACAAAGAUCAUCAAUAUUCGAGGUACUUAAUGAAGUUGAUAAUGCACUCAGUUUUACAAGAGCUUAUACUAAAACCGCAAUGGUUAAUAAUAAGCUCCCAAUCAAACCUAAGGUUGGUCCUAAGAAAGUCAUGACACUUCUUAAGUUCUAA